GCUGCCAAGAUUGCCAACUCCACGGACUGAUACACUCGCAGCAUUCGCUAUAGCACGCACCGACUCCACACGAGGAAGCAAACCUUGUUCAGCUGUCGCGGAAUGCUACAGCCUACCGUGGUGUGCGGCAAGCUCCCGGGAUUGCAUGUAUUAUUAUCCCACGGUGAGACUCUUGGUGCAUGAGUCAAACACCUCGGCCACCAAGGGCAGAGUCUGGGAGCAAGCGUGGGUCGCGGGCAUCUGGGAAUGCUUCAUGUCAUGGACGGGCAACAGAUCUCCAACCCGCGAUUGGUUAUCGGGGAAGAGGGAAGGAUGAUGCGCAGGGCCAAAGGAUGGUCCUUCAUGAUCGACGCGAGCGCGUCCCCGCGGAAUCGACCUCCCGGAGAAAGGAGUGGGACCUUGGAUUGCUAUCUGCACAAUGCACAAUACCUGCGCCCUGCCAGACAAUAGCUCUCUGCCUUGGUGGGGGUAUAUCUGAGAGUGAGAGAGAGAGAGGAAAGAGCAAAUCAAGGACCCCCACGUCCGACGGAUACCUGUGUCUCAUACUCCGACUCGUGCGGCCGGGGCAAAAAUGGCAUGAUGGUGGAUUGGUAUCAGAUAAGAACUCGAGAUGGAUGGGGGGGCAACGAGCUCCGUUCCAUGGAUCGCGGUGGUCCUUUUUCCCACUUCUCUAGCACAACACGAAAAAGGGAAAGCACUGGGCAAGUCCCAGAAUGAACAAUGCACACGCCAAAAAUGGCCAUUGUCAUUAUCUAUUACGCGAGACGCUCGAAAAAUAAAACCAAUAGCAGAACCGCGGGUUGGUUGAUCACACGGGAAGCUGGACCGGACCGAUAACUAGGUACUUCGUACAAUACUUACUAGGGCUUCCAGCUGCCAACUUUCUCGCUUCCUGCAAGGA